AUGAAUGUUGAAACACAGAGUAGUUUAUAUAAGAAAUUCAAAGAGUUAUUAGAUAAAUUGAAGUAUUGUUAUUCUAAACAGUAGAAAUAAAGAAAAGCCUUCAGUUGUCUUUGCACUUCACGAAUUGAAUUGUGAUGACACAAAACAAUUUUUUCAAGCAACUACAGAGUUAAUCUUAUCUGGAAUCAAUUUCGUUAUUGCUAAAGUAAGAGUUGGAAAAAUAACUUAAGUAAAUUGAUAAGAGGGUGUGGCAAAUUAUUAAGAAAUAAAUUGAUAUCGAAUUCAAUAGCAUAUCCCCUGAUGUCGAUGAAGAAAUUAAGUCAUUUUACGAACUUCGUGUAAACUUCUUGAAAUCCGUUAUCAAAAAUUUGACCUAAUAAAAUUAAUUAGGGGAUUUGAAUAAUGAUAAUGAAUUCAGAUAAUUUUUAGCUAAUUUAUACUGCUAUGCAGGGGAAUUACAUGAACAUCUAGGUAGAAGAUUAGAGAAGAUGAAUAAAUAACCAAAAGAUAAUUAUAAAUUUGCUGAUUUAUUCUAUAAUAAGGCUAUAUCAAUUUAUCCCUUUUAAGGGAAAUAUUACUUUCUAAUAGCUACAUUAAUGAGAUAAUUUUAAGAUACUUUUAAUGCAGCAUGUUGUUUAUAAAAGGCUCAUUUUGCAUAAAUACCUUACAACUGCAAAGAAAAUAUGAAUGAAGUUUUUGAAAUAAAUAGAACUCACUAUAAUGAUUGGGCUAGGCAUAUUAAGCCAGCAAGUGAAUUAGAUCGUGAUACAUAUUUAAGAGCUUUUAUGGUGUAUUUAAUAAGAUUCAAUACGAUUGUUGUAUGAAUUUAGAAAUAAUAUAGUUCACUAAAAUUGGUUUUGAAGAAUUACCUUAAUUGGCUAAUAUGUUUUAACAUUUGUAGGAAUAUUUUAAAAUUGUUAAGACAAAUGUUCAUAGCGAUCAUAAAUAGCAAUAUUAAUUGCUUUUAAAAGUAAUAAUGAUGACAAAUUUCGGUUUGCAUCAUUGUCUAAAUACAUUCUAAUUGAAGACAGUGUAAGACAUUAAAGAUAACGAUUUAGUGAGAGAAUCAAUUAAAUAUGUAUAUGGAUUAUAUGUAAACUCACUUGAUUUUAUAUUAAAAUACCUACUAUAGAAUUCUAUGAAGAAUUUAGAUCAGGUGCCUCCAGUCACCUUUUUAUAGUUGGUCAUCCCAAUCAUCUACUACUUAUAUGAUUAACCCUUGAUUUGUACAUAUUUGUUAUCAGAAUUUCCUUCUUUAAAUGAUAAAUUAGCAUAGAUUUUUUUAUAUUCAAGAUAGAACUUAUAUUAGGUAGAGAACCAGAGUAAUGACUUAUUUUAAUUUUAAUCUUAAUUGAAUGAGUAAUUUCACACUUUUUUGUUUCCUUUUGAAGUGCCUUUAGUUGGAUUUAUUUGUUAUACCCAUGUUCUAUAGACAUUCAAACAAUAAUCAUCAAUUUAUAAAGAUGAAGACAGUCAGACAUCAAUUAUAUUAUUUUAUGUUUGUGAAUAAAUAAUAUAAUAAUUGCAUGGCAUUGAAAUUUAGGGUGCAAAGGAACCAAAGUGGGAAGAAGACAUUCCCAAGGAAUCGAUUAAGAAACUUAUAAUAAUUGAUGGAAUGAAUGUGGCUAUGAGAUAUGGAUAAGAAUAAUCCUAAGUUGCAAAGUUUUGUUCUCAGGGUUUGAAAUGUGCUCUAGAAUUUUGGGUAAAGAAAGGACAUGAAGUAAUGAUUAUCUUACCUGAUUUUUGUUUUAAUGAAAGUGAAAUAAACAAGAAGAAAGAAUCUAAUGUAAUUGUUGACAAAUAUUAUUUAGAAAAACAAUAUCAACAAAUUGCCUGAUGAUGUCAAGUUGCUAUUGGAGAUGAAAAACAAAGGGUAUGCUUAUGGAGUUCCAAGCUGGAAUUAUGAUGACUCCUACAUGAUUCAAUUCGCAAGGGAGAAGGGAGGAUUAAUUUUGACUAAUGAUAGAUAUAAUGAUCAUAUUAGGGCAUUAGAAUCUAAUAUUGUAGAAAGAGAAAGAUUGAAAGAAUGGAUCAGAAAUAAUUGCAUGAGUUAUACUUUCCUAUAGAAUUAAUUAGUGCCCAAUCCUGACCAAUUAAAAAGAAUAUGAUUGAUGAUAAUAUACAUUAGUA